UUUAUACAUACCAUAUAAAUGUUCUCUUGUGGUGUGUCAUUUCUGCUAUAUAGCUCUUGCAUUGGAACCUCUAUUCCAAAAUUGAGAGCUUCAUUCAUUGGUGAUAAAUUUGAAAACUUUUUUCAUUUUGAGUCAUGGGAAUUUCUUCACAUCCUUCUUUUGUUCCCCUCUCUUUGAAGGAUCUGCUUCAGGGAACUGAAGAAAGCAGAAACCCCUCAUAUGGGUAUCUGUGGAGCAAACUCUUGGCCGCCAAAAAAAGCGCCAAGAGUAGGAGGCCGCGAGGGAUUUUAAUGAAGAGGAGGAGAGGCGGUAACAGAAGAGGAACCGUCGCUAUCCAGAAACGCGUGAGGACAUUGAAGAGGCUUGUACCAAACAGUGAUUCCAUGGGGUUGGAUGGGCUAUUCAGAGAAACUGCUGAUUACAUAUUGGCUUUGCAAACGAGAGUAAGAGUGAUGCAGGUUAUGGUUGAUGUAUUGACAGGGUAUGAUGAUUGAUUGAUUCAAUUGUAAAGACUAAAGACACUUUAUAUUAUUUCUUCCUGGUCUAUAGUUAACAGAGAGAUUGGUUUUGGAUGUUCA